CACAGCUGGAACAAGCUUGAUUUGCUGGCAACAUGUUCAUACUGAAGAAAUUUCAACAUCUCCUUGUGCUGACAUUUCUCUGUCAAACAGUUCAUGCAAGUCACAUCAUAAAUGGGGAUAAGGCUCCUGUAAACUCGAUGCAGUACAUGGUCUCAGUGCAAAGCAAUGGACGUCAUGCAUGUGGAGGAUUUCUGAUCAGUGAGGACUUUGUGCUCACUGCUGCACACUGCAAUAUUCCUAAACCCAAUCUGGUUGUCGUGGGAAAUCAGAAUAUCAGAAGUUCAAACAUAAGAAAAAUAAAUAUUCAGUACAGCUGCGUAUUCCCAGAUUACCAGAACGUUGGAAGUGGCGAUGACAUCAUGCUGCUUAAACUCUCUGAGAAAGUCUCCAAUGUCAAUGCAGUGAAGACCAUUCCAAUUCCAAAUUUCAGAAACUUUACAGAAAAUCAGAGAUGCAUGGUCGCCGGAUGGGGUAAAACAGAAAGCAACAUAUACAGCAAUGAUCUUAGAGUUGCAGAGGUGAAAAUCAUAAAUUCACAAGUCUGUCAGAAGGCAUGGGAUAACACUCUUCCACCAAAUGUGAUCUGUGCUGGUGGAUUUGGAACCACAAAAGGAUUCUGUCAGGGUGAUUCCGGUGGCCCUCUGGUGUGUGACGGGAAAGCUGUGGGUAUCGUGUCAUUCAACAGAAAUUCCAACUGCUCCUACCCAAAUGCACCCAACAUCUACACAGACAUUUCUAUGUAUCAUUCGUGGCUCAGAUGCCCUUUGAAGGAUAAGAAAUGUUGCUGUGCAACACAAGUUGGAUCUGCUGGCAUCAUGGACUGUUUGUCCACAUUUCUGUUUUUCAAUGUUCUAGCAUGUCUUGGACAAACUGUCCAGGGGAGUGACAUUAUACAUGGGGAAAAAGCCCCAGCCAACUCGAUGCAGUACAUGGUCUCAGUGCAAAAUAAACAGGGUCAUACAUGUGGAGGAUUUCUGGUCAGGCAGGACAUUGUGGUCACUGCUGCACACUGUGCUGACGAUGCACCUGUGCAUGUUGUUCUGGGAACCCACAAGCUAUCGAAGAGGAACAUGAGCCCAGUGAAUAUUGAAUACUUCUGUAGAUUCCCAAAUUAUACAGCUGUUGGACGUGGUGAUGACAUCAUGCUCCUUAAAUUGUCCAGGAAAUUUCCGCUAAAUAACAGGGUGAAAAUAAUUCCACUUCCAUCGUCUUCCAAUGCAAACCUUAAAGAUGAUCAGAACUGCUCUGUGGCUGGAUGGGGUAAAACUGAGACCAACCAUGUUAUGGUGGAUGACCUGAGAGUGGUGAAUGUGUCAAUCUUAAAUCCACAACUCUGUCGGGAGAAAUGGGGGGCUGGAUUUCCUCCUAAUGUGAUCUGUGCUGGUGGAUACAACACAGACAAAGGAUUUUGUCAGGGUGAUUCCGGUGGUCCACUGGUGUGCAACGGGGUAGCUGUUGGUGUUGUGUCAUUCAACAAACUUAACAACUGCAACUAUCCAGAUGUACCCAACGUCUACACAGACAUAUCCAAAUAUCUUCAAUGGAUCAACAACAUUGUGAAAACAAAUAAAUGUGUAUCAUAAGCUUAUUACAGAAGGUCUUCCUGCUCAGGGAGUUGUUCAUUUCAUUUUCAUGCCUCUGUCAGCUUCUGGCACUCAACAAAUAUAUUAAAUAAAGCAAAACGUAUUCAAAUGAUACACACUCUUUUUAUAGAUCAACAGAAACAUAUAUAUGCAUAUAUGUAUCACAGAUAAAAGAGGUCCUCAUCUGUUGAGGGUUAAGUCCAACCAGUCUAAAGACUCUCUUCAUUUUUUGCAUAAGAAAACAUCCAUGACAUUGCCUGGAGUUGUUUCACCUUCUAAAAUAAAAUCAUUUGCCCUUCUUGUCUGCUCCCUCCUAAAUUUCCCGUGUUGUCAAAUGAUCUGAACUAUGGAUCUUUGCAAGUGUUCUUGCCAUAAUUUUAACUUUCUCUUAAUUUGUUACUGCUGUUCAAAUUGGGUAUGUGUCUAUUUCCCCUCAUUUUCAUAAUCAUUCCCCAUACAUUAGCUAUAGGAGUUGAUCUGCCUAUUGAAUCACAAAAAUCUCUCCAUUUUGUCUUCUUUGCCUUCUUAAUAUCUGUCCUUUUUUAUAUUAAAUUAC